GGCUCUACCAUUACCCUGACCCCGACCUUGGGGACACCGUGAGACCCACACCCCGUGCCCCCCGUCCGUGGGGUGACCCACCCCGGGAAGGGAACACCUGCUGCGGCUGCCGCUCGUAAUCCCCGGCCUCUAAACGGAUUAAAGGCGAUCACAUCAAAGGAGGGGGGAUGCCCUUGGGGGCACCCCGGUGCCUUAAACACGAGGGGUCGUUCGGGGCUCGUCCAGCGGGGCGGGCGGGCAGCGGCGCCCGGUGCAACCCCGGUGCACUACAAGUCCCGAACGACCCCGCAGAGAUGCAGGAGCCGGGGGUGUGCUGGGGGGGGAGAUCCGAGCGGGGAGCGGGCGGGGAUGAUGUCAGCCUGCGGGGAGCCCCGGCGUGGCCAAUGGCGCUGCGGGGCCGGGCCAGCGGCAGCGGCGGGGGCGGUGGCGGCGGCGAUAGCGGCGAGAGCACGGAGCCCAUUCAUGAUCCAGCGAACGGGGCCGGUGGCGAGCAGAGCGGAGCCGGUGCCCCGUAAAGCGGCGCCGGUACCGCCGGCAUGGAGACAUCGGGGCAUCUCCACGAUUCGGGCGUGGGGGACUUGGAGGAGGAUGGUCGGUGUCCCUGCCCGUUACCGGGGGAUGAACGGUCACCGCCGCCGCCCUCCGCGCUGCCGCCGCUCCAGCACAGCCUGUUGCACUCCUCGCCCGGGUCGCUACGGGCCCCUCCUCCUCCUCCCGCCGCCCCCGCCGCCCUCCACCCUUCCUCCCGCCACGGCAGCCAGCUCAACCUCGGCGACCACCCAGCGGGCUCUGGCGUGGCGAGCAGCAAGCACCGGCAGCCCAGCCCUCUGGUUCACCGGCGGGACAGCAACCCCUUCACCGAGAUCGCCAUGAGCUCCUGCAAGUACAGCGGCGGCGUGAUGAAGCCCCUCAGCCGACUCAGCGCAUCCCGGCGGAACCUCAUCGAGGCCGAGCCGGAGGCGCAGCCCCUGCAGCUCUUCGGUGCCGGCGAGCCCCCCGAAAUCGUGGUCUCACGCGAGGACAACCACGCGCCCACCGCCCACCGUCCCGCCCGGCCGGCCGCCCGCCCGGCCCCCACCACCUUUGCCAAGGGGCCCAAGCGCAAGGCACAGAACAUCGGCUACCGGCUCGGGCACCGCCGGGCGCUCUUCGAGAAGAGGAAGCGCCUCAGCGACUACGCGCUCAUCUUCGGCAUGUUCGGCAUCGUCGUCAUGGUCAUUGAGACCGAGCUCUCCUGGGGGCUCUACUCCAAGGACUCCAUGUUCUCCCUGGCCCUGAAAUGCCUUAUAAGCCUCUCCACCGUCAUCCUGCUGGGCCUCAUCAUCGCCUACCACACCCGGGAGGUGCAGCUCUUUGUGAUCGACAAUGGAGCUGACGACUGGCGGAUAGCGAUGACGUACGAGCGCAUCCUCUACAUCAGCCUGGAGAUGCUGGUCUGUGCCAUACACCCCAUCCCCGGGGAGUACAAAUUUUUCUGGACAGCUCGCCUGGCUUUCUCCUACACACCAUCUCGGGCAGAGGCUGAUGUGGACAUCAUCCUGUCCAUCCCCAUGUUCCUGCGCCUCUACCUGAUCGCUCGGGUGAUGCUGCUGCACAGCAAGCUCUUCACCGACGCCUCCUCGCGCAGCAUCGGGGCGCUCAACAAGAUCAACUUCAACACCCGCUUCGUCAUGAAGACCCUCAUGACCAUCUGCCCUGGGACGGUGCUGCUGGUGUUCAGCAUUUCCCUCUGGAUCAUCGCUGCGUGGACAGUCCGCGUGUGUGAGAGGUACCAUGACCAGCAGGAUGUAACCAGCAACUUCCUGGGUGCUAUGUGGCUCAUCUCCAUCACCUUCCUCUCCAUCGGCUACGGGGACAUGGUCCCACACACCUACUGUGGGAAGGGAGUGUGCCUGCUCACUGGCAUCAUGGGCGCUGGAUGCACAGCACUGGUGGUGGCUGUGGUGGCCAGGAAGCUGGAGCUCACCAAAGCUGAGAAGCAUGUCCACAACUUCAUGAUGGACACGCAGCUGACGAAGCGGAUCAAGAACGCGGCAGCCAACGUCCUGCGGGAAACGUGGCUGAUCUACAAACACACCAAGCUGCUGAAGAAGAUCGACCAUGCUAAAGUCAGAAAGCACCAGAGGAAGUUCCUACAAGCCAUCCACCAGUUACGGAGCGUGAAGAUGGAGCAGAGGAAGCUGAGUGACCAAGCCAACACCCUUGUCGACCUCUCAAAGAUGCAGAACGUGAUGUACGACCUCAUCACGGAGCUAAACGACCGCAGCGAGGACCUGGAAAAGCAGAUCAGCGGCCUGGAAUCCAAGCUGGAGCAGCUCAGCGCCAGCUUCAACUCCCUGCCCCUGCUGAUGGCCGACAUGCUGCGGCAGCAGCAGCAGCGCCUGCUCACCGCCGUGCUGGAGGCCCGGGGCGUCGGUGUGCCCGUGGGCACCCCCCAGACACCUCUCUCUGAGAGCCCCAUCGGGGUCAGCUCCACCUCCUUCCCCACCCCUUACACGAGCUCAAGCAGCUGCUAAAACACGGCCCCCGCCGUGGACAGGGGAAGCGUUUCCACACAGAUCAUGAGGUCUCUGUGAACUUUCCUCUGGUCCUUGGACGGCUGCAGGACCCUUCAGCUGGAGCCAGUGGGACCAGCAGCGCCGAGCACCGCUCGGAGCUUUGCCAACGCCUUGGUAUGGGGAAUUGCAUCCCUGUUCAGGUGCCUCUACACGUGGUGAAGGAAGGGGACAGAAGGUGAUGCCUUGGGCCAGCCUGGGCCGUGGCGUCCGGUGGCAGACGGAAAACCCACGCUCAAUCUCAGGUCUUCACGUUUGAAAACAAAACGAAACAAAACAAAACAAAACACCAAGUCAGAAGCACUGAAGCAACGGAGACACCGGAGGGAGAGUUUUUCUCCCUGGGGCACCCCCCCUGGCCCCCCUGCCCCUCUCACGAUUGCCAAACCUCGCCAGGCAGAUGCCAGUGUGGGGAGGUUUGUUAUGCAGGCUCUGGCUGACGCUGCCUAUGCUCCAUUCCAUCUUCUUGCCAGGACCCACAGGACAGCCCCCUCACUCCAAAGCUGGGUGACAAUGUCUGACUGUAACCUUCCUGUGGAGUUCUCUGGAGCUGUGAGUGUUUUCUACCCGGAGAAGAGCAAUGGACGCUUCUUCUUUCUGGUCCUUAGUGUCAUAUUCUGCCUGGAGACACAUGCCAGAGCCAGGAAAGCAGUGCCUACAGCGUGCAGGGCCACGCAGGGCUGCCCCCAGCCAGUGUGUUGGUGGCCAGUGAUGGGGCUGGCAGGCCAGCUCGGGCACUGAGGGGCUCUCCAGGUGCUCACAUCACUGCCUGCUGGGAGCCUCCCAGCAUCUCGCAAAGCCAGUGGGCUCAUUGCAGCAGUCUCAGAAGUGCUGGAUGAACACCCCAUCAGCUCCAACUGUCUCCACUUGUGCUGGGAACAUCCAUGCUUGAGCCCAGUUGGCAAUGUCGAGUCCACCAGGAUCAAGCAGGAGCUCACUGGCAAGUGAUGUGGUAGCAGGGGCAGGUGCUUCAUCUGUUUAAAACAAAGCCCAUGGCCUUCGUGCCGCUUCUGCUGGGUUUGGUGGAGGGCAGCAGCACUCUCUGGCACCGUCUUGGCAGAGGCACUGCUGCCCAUGCCCGCCAAAGUGCAGCACCUCAGACUCCAUUAUACUUUUUUGCUGGUGUUCAGCUUCCUGAGGUACCCUUGGCAUCACCUGGCUGCUUCUGGAACCAGCCACUUUCUGUUUUGCAUUCACCAUUUCUCUCUUUUUCUUCCCCAGUGUCAUGCUCUGGCUUUCCUGGAUCCUUGCAUGGAGCCAUGCCAGGCUCCGACUUUGGGGUUGGUGUUUGCUGCUUUCCAUGAAAACUCAGCAGAGAGUAUUUAUAUAUUUUUAAACAGAUGAAGUAACUAUGUAAUUACUCUGCAAUAUUAAUUACACCUCACCCAGCAGUGUCAGUAAUUGUAAUCAGUCACUGUGCUACUCCAGGUAUACUCAGCCUGUAACGCUCUCCUUUGUAACUUUUUCCCUUCCAUAAAUAAUGCUGGAUUUUGUGCACACAUAGGGGUAGAGACACAGCACCCUCCUGCACCACCACCCCUACACCCCCAAUGCUGAAGAAUUCUCUUGCUGCCAGUGGUGUGAGGUGGUUUCACUCCUUGUGCCCUGCAGCUGGAGUUACACAGAAAAUAACCUGUAGUUAGUGAGGAGUACUGCCCCCACGCUGGCCCAAGGAGGAGGAGGAGGAGAAGGAGGAGGAAGAAGGCUGUAAGGCAACAGCAGGAGCACUGCAAAAUGAGAUCCCUGUGCUGCAGAGGUGUUGGUAGCAGGGGACAAGUACAAUCAUCCCUGUUUCCUUCAGGCAGGCCAGGUGCCCAUUGCUGCUGGUCCUUGGCCAGUGGGAGAUUCACAGCUGCUGGGAAAGAGCUGCUCUUCCAAGCUCUUGUAAUUACCACUGAUAUCCCACGGAUGGCUGGGGAUUCACUGCUGCCUUGGAAGCCCCCCAUGAUCUCCCUGUGUGCCUGUGGGUGGCCCCCUGUCCACCUUGCCCAGCAGAAGCUCCUUGCUGAUCUCUCUCAGGAGGUUUUCAGCACAGCAAUGGAGAAUAUGUUAGAAAUUCUGAGAAACAGCCUGAAAUGCAGCAUUUUUCCCUGGCCUGCAGGCAGCUGGUGGAGAAAAAUGCUUUCUGGGCUUCAGAUAGGAGCAAACUGCCCAUGGAAUGGUGCUGUGCAUGGGAUGAGGUGUGAAGACGUGUCCUGGGGCAUCAGAGAGCCAGAGGAAGUAUUGAUUCUUAAGGAUCAAUAUUGCCAGCACAAAAAUCAGUCUGGGAAAUCCAACCAAGUGAGACAAGUGCUGCCAGCUGCAGGCCCCAGGGCUGGAGCUGGUAAGGACCACAGUGAGAGAGCUGGGAUUGCAGCUGGAGCAAGAGAGCCUUGCUCUGGGGCAGAGCAGCUGCUGCUGCAGUGGGAUUUCGACGAGGCUGGGUCCCUGUGCACCCUAAACCUUCCUCCCUGGCCUCACCUCAGCACAAGCUGCAGUGCAACAACCCUUCUGCCUGGGACCUGGCAGCCCAGGGUCUGCACCCUGCAUCCCACACACCCCAGACCCCUAUCCCACCCCUGCACCAUUCCACACCCCUGAAUGCCCACCCUAAUCCCCAUAUCCCACCCCUUCACCCACUCCCCUGCCAGUUCUUCAGCACUGGCACCAGUAACCCUCACCCAUUGCUCCCAGUGGACUCCACCGUGGCCAGCACUGAGACCAACCCCCUCCAGCCCUGCUGCCAGGAGCCCAGAGCCCACCUGAGGCCACAGUGAGGGCAGGAAUGGUGAGGAGCCCCCAGGGCAGGGCAGCCCAGCAGAGCUGCUCCCUGAUGGCAGCUCUUGGUCACCAGCAGCCUCGGUUGGCACAGCUCCAGUGAGUGCUCCCCAGCCUGUCCUGUCCACACGCCUGAGAUGAUCGCUUUGGGUACCCUAAGGGACAUCAGGACAGAGAGAAGAGCCGAGAUCAGCAACCAAGGUGGAGGAACAGCACAAGAGGAAAAUCGCAGCGAUGCCGACCUCCUGCAAGCUGGGAAGCCUCUGAUCCCACAGUCCAAUGGGGCCAAUCCCCACUGCCCCUCCAGGAGCCACCUGACCCAGCCAGUCCCAUUUUUGGCACAGUCUUGGGGGCUUUUUUUUGCUCCACGACUCUCCUUCCUGCUCCGCCUGCAAGGAACUAUCCUAGAAACACCAGAAAAAUUCCACAAUCUCUCUGCAAACUCAUGGAUGUUUCUGUCCAGACUUAAGGAGCUUUGACCUGGGUUUGCAUCUUGCCUCUGUACUGCUCGCUUCUUUUUUAUUGAUAGGGGAAAGCAUAAUAGUUUAUUUUAACUAUGAAAUAUAUUGCUAUAUUAUGAUGGUUAUGGUAACUUUCAA